UACGUAAUCUGUAAAGUUCCCCCCACCCCAAAAUCGGAGUGUGGUGAAUGAAGUCCGGACUGGAAGAACCAUUGUGGAGAAUUAAAGCUCCUCAACCAAUUCCCAGGCCGCCCAUCCUCACCAGCUCCAGACCAGGCGGCCGCGUUGGCGGGGAGCCCGGAGCCAGCGGGCGGAAGCUGCCCCCUGCAAGGGCUCCGCGAACCUCUGCAGCCCCCGAGUCCGGGAGGGUCACGGAGUCCCCCUAUUCGGCGUCCUUGGCCCCAGAGUGUGGCCAAGUGGAUUUGAAAAUCCUGGGAGGACAGGACGCGGAGGAAGGGAAGUGGCCCUGGCAGGUGAGCCUGAGGGUCAGAAGCAUCCACGUAUGCGGCGGCUCCCUCAUCACAGCCGAGUGGGUGCUGACAGCCGCCCACUGCAUUUACAGCCGUUACCAUUACAGUGUCAAGAUGGGAGACCGGAGUAUCUAUAGACUAUACAACACAAGUGUAGUGAUCCCUAUUCAAAAGAUUGUUCUCCACCCUCUGUUCUCAAACAUUGAAACCUUAAAGAAUGACCUCGCCCUUCUCCGGCUCCUCUACCCUGUGAAUUUCACCUCAAAGAUCCGGCCUGUCUGCAUCCCUGAGGAGACUUUCAAGGUGGAAGCUGGGACCAGUUGCUGGGUGUCCGGAUGGGGCCUACUGACUUCAGCUGGUGUUUGGUCACCUAUUCUCCAGGAGCUUGAACUAAGCAUCAUCUGCCAUGAAAGAUGUAAUCAGUUAAUGCAGAAGGCCAUGUCAACUUCUAAAAAUGUAGUACUGGAAGGGAUGGUAUGUGGUUAUCAAGAUCAAGGAAGAGAUACUUGUCAGGGAGAUUCUGGGAGCCCCAUGGUCUGUGAAUUUAACAAGACAUGGAUUCAGGUGGGGAUUGUGAGCUGGGGCUAUGGCUGUGGUCAUCAAGAUGUACCUGGAGUUUAUGUAGAAGUUGGCUUCUACAAGAACUGGCUGAUCGAAGUGCUGAAUCAGGCUAUCUCUUUGUAUCCAGUGGUGUUCCACAACCUGCUUCUGCUUCUGGUACUGCCCUGGGCUUUCUGGUGACCCCAUGGCCACCCUGCCCACUCCCCUCCUGGUUCUGAUUCUCGCAUCAAACCUCUCCUCCAACCUCUUGUUCUUUCUCACUGCCCUUUCCUCAAAUUCUGGUUGGGAUCACUGAUCCUGUGGAGAUCCAUACAACAGAGCAUGGCAGCAAGCCUGGAGCCUGGGACGUGUCCUGGCCCAGAGCGCCUGUCACCCGCCUCAGUCACAAUAAAGCCUUGGCUGUGCUCCCUGAGGCUUCACUGUGUUCUGCCUGCCAGGAAGGAGAGGGGUGAAUGAUCCCAGCUAGAGGGCCAACUGACUUGACUGGUGGAACUUGAUGAUUCGUCGACAUUUUGGAGAACAUCUACCAAAAAAGAGAGAGUGAAGAAGGUGUUGCCAUGUCUCUGCUGAGGUUUCCGUGUUGGACUCAGCUGUCUGGGACUGGGAGAAGUUCCCUUGCAGCCUCUGUGAAUAGACAGCCUCUGCCCAUAGACUCUCCUGAGGCAAACCAGUCUUGGAACCCCCUUCCUCAGUGCCCCAGUGGCCACAUCCAGAGACACCCAGUUGUGUUGAGGCAUUAUGGAGUCCUGAGAUUUAAGGUGUCAACUGAAUAAAUACUUGAGAGUUGCCUGUGUGUUCUGAAGCUCUGCUCAACUGGGAUGUGGGUUGCAUAUAACAUACUCUAUAUUCUAGUUUCUUGCUCUAUGAAUUUGCUUAUUCUAAUUAUUUCAUAACAGUGAGAUAACACAAUAUUUGUCCUUUAGCUCUUUGAACGUAUUUAAGACAG